AUGAUCGGAGCGAUCGUCCCCUAUGUCAGUAAGAUACGCAGGUCGUAUCAGUCAAAUGACCUCAUCGACCGGCUCAACUAUCAGUAUACCGCUAUGCUGGUUGCCUUAGGUGCUAUCACACUGGCUGCAACACAAUAUGUCGGAAAACCGAUACAAGUAAGCUUUCGCAGAGUUGUUGGAUAUCUCAGAGAAAUAUGAAA